AUGACCCUCGAUGCGCACAUCACCGACCCGUCCCUUGCCUCCGUCAUCGAAACCUCCCGAGCAGCGCGUGAGCAAGCGCAGACUCUGAUCGACCUGAUCAGUCAGGCGACGGCUGCCAACGCCAACGGUCCCAUCCCCGCCGAUGCCCUGACCGACAUCUCGAAGCAGCAGAAGUUGCUCAACACGAGCCUGGCCCACCUGCGCGGGCUGCACCGCGCCGCCCACUUCCGCGCGCGCGAGACCAAGAGCCAGACGGCCGAGGCGCGGCACGAGGUGGACGUGCUGCACCUGCAGCUACAGAACCUGUACUAUGAGCAACACCAUCUCGAGGGAGAGAUUGCGGCCUGCGAGGGGUUUGACCACACCUACCAACUCCUCCCGCUGAUCCCGGUGGAGGAGUUCCUGGCACAGCACCCGGAGCACGCCGACGCCGACGAGAAUGCCCUGAUGGUGGCGCGCAUCAACCACGAACGGGCAGAGCGUGAGGCGCUCGAGCAGCAGCGGCAGGAGCUGCAAAAGCGGAAGCAGAAGCUCAUCGCAGAGAACAAGAAGCGCAGGGAUGACUUGGCAAACCUGGACAGGGACUUGGAGAAGUUCAUCGACGCUGCCAAACCUAUCCAGAAGAUGUUUGAGAAGGUGGUUUGA